AGAUGAUCUGUAAGACGUGUUCUCACAUCAUGCUGACCAAAGAGGAGAAACUGCAGUUCAUGGAUGUGUUGAAGAGGCCUGGACUAGCGUACCUACAGAAACGAGGAAUGAAGAAGAAGAUAUCCGACAAAUGCCGCAAAAGGACAUUGUGUCUCAAUUGCUCCACGUUAAAUGGACCAGUGAAGAAGUGUGGCUUGCUGAAGAUCCUCCACGAGAAAUACAAGACAACCAAGAAAGUGGUGGACACUGUAGUAUCAGACUUUCUCAACUCAUUCGAUAUCGCAAUAGAACACAACAAAGAAGUGGAGGGCUUGCUUAACAGGGCUCAGGAGAACCUGAGUCCUCUAGUGGUGCUGAACCUCUUCAGGAGGAUACCAGCGGAGGACAUUCCCCUGCUCCUGAUGAACCCUGAGGCAGGUAAGCCUGCAGACCUCAUCCUCACCCGCCUGCUGGUACCUCCGCUCUGCAUCCGCCCCUCUGUCAUCUCAGACCUCAAGUCGGGUACUAAUGAGGAUGACCUCACCAUGAAGCUCACAGAGAUCAUCUUCCUCAAUGAUGUCAUCAAGAAGCACCGUAUGUCAGGGGCCAAGACCCAGAUGAUCAUGGAGGACUGGGACUUCCUCCAGCUGCAAUGUGCUCUCUACAUCAACAGUGAGCUCUCUGGCAUCCCCCUCAACAUGGCCCCUAAGAAGUGGACCAGAGGCUUCGUUCAGAGACUCAAGGGCAAACAAGGGCGAUUCCGUGGAAACCUCUCGGGGAAGAGAGUGGAUUUCUCUGGGAGAACGGUCAUCUCUCCGGACCCCAACCUGCGGAUUGAUGAGGUGGCUGUCCCUGUGCACGUAGCCAAAAUCCUGACCUACCCAGAGAAGGUGAACAAGGCCAACUUGGAGAUGCUGAGGAAGCUGGUGCGGAGCGGUCCAGAGGUCCACCCUGGAGCCAACUUCAUCCAGCAACGACACACGCAGAUGAAGAGGUUUCUGAAGUACGGGAACCGAGAGAAGAUGGCCCAGGAGCUGAAGUUUGGAGACGUGGUGGAGAGACACAUGAUCGAUGGAGACAUCGUCCUCUUCAACCGACAGCCCUCUCUACACAAACUCAGCAUCAUGGCUCAUAUUGCCAAAGUGAAGCCUCACAGAACGUUCCGGUUUAACGAGUGUGUGUGCACGCCGUACAACGCUGACUUUGACGGGGAUGAGAUGAACCUUCACCUUCCCCAGACAGAGGAGGCCAAGGCUGAAGCCCUGGUGCUGAUGGGGACCAAAGCCAACCUGGUGACCCCCAGGAACGGAGAGCCUCUGAUUGCUGCUAUUCAAGACUUUCUGACAGGUCAGCCGUUGUGUUACAGCAAUGAGCCAAUCAUUGUUUGUCGCAGCAAGGCCUGA